AAGGAGAACAGAACAAACAGACAUGAAGGGAAGAACUUUUUCCCAUCAUGAAGAUGACUGGGUAGAGGAACUUGGAAGCCACUGUACCAAUUAUGUCCAACUGGCUUUUAUCACCUCCUGUCUGUCCAUUUUUGUGGGAGGCAUCCUCCUCAUCUUGAUGUUCAGAAUGUUUCAGAACAUACUGUACUACUGUUUCUUUAAAUACGCUGACCGAUUUAAGCUGGUUAGCCUCAGGUCCCCCAUGUUGAGCCACUGGAAAAGAAGCUUCCAGGAUUGGGUGGUGAUGAUGAUCUCAGCUCAGACUUCUGUGGGACGUAUUCUGGUAAUACUGGUGUUCCUGUUUAGUAUUGGAUCACUCAUCAUUUAUUUUAUCAACUGUUACAGCGUCAAGCAGUUCUGCCUCUCCUUUGAAGAUCAGACAGUUAUGAUUGACUUAUUCUUCAAUGCAUUCUUCCUCCUUUACUUUGGCUUGCGGUUCUUGGCAGCAAGUGACAAGUUGACAUUUUGGCUCGAGCUUAAUUCUGUUGUGGAUUUCUUCACCAUCACUCCAGUCUGUGUCUCCUUUUACUUGGGAAGAAACUGGCUUGGUUUGCGUUUCUUGAGAGCACUCCGAUUGAUGGAGUUGCCCAAAAUAUUACAAUUCCUCCACAUCACCACAAGUGGUACUGCAAUCAAGCUGUCCAAGCUUCUAGCUGUAUUUGUCAGUACCUGGCUCACUGCUGCAGGAUUUCUUCAUUGGAUGGAGAAUUCUGGAGAUCCCUGGGUACAGGAGAAAAAUAGCCAAAACUUGACUUACUUUGAAUGCUUAUAUCUCAUCAUGGUGACUAUGUCUACAGUUGGGUAUGGAGAUGUGGUGGUCAAAACCAGCUUAGGGCGUGCAUUCAUCCUUUUCUUCAUUGUUGGGGGCCUGAUACUGUUUGCAAAUCUGGUGCCAGAAAUAGUAGACAUUGUUGGAAGCACUAAGCUCUACAAGGGUUCUUACAUCGCUGUGAAAGGUAGAAAGUAUAUUGUGGUUUGUGGUGAUAUCAAUCUGAACAGUGUAACUGCUUUCCUAAGGGACUUCCUAAACCAUUCUACAGGAGAGGUUGCCACUGAGAUUAUCUUUCUGGGGGAAAAUCCCCCCAGCCUGGAACUGGAAACCAUAUUCAGAUGUUACGCUGCUUAUAUCAGCUUCUUCCAAGGUACAGUAAUGAAGAGUGAUGACCUGGUGAGAGUGCAGAUGGGUAAUGCUGAAGCAUGCCUCAUUUUAGCUGACACAUGUUCUGCUCAACCUUACAUUGAGGAUACAUCAAACAUCAUGAGGGUACUGUCCAUCAAGAAUCAUUAUCCACACACCAGAGUCAUAAUACAGAUCAUCCAGUCUUCCAACAAGGUGUACCUACCAAAGCUUCCCAACUGGGACUGGAGGAAAGGAGACAGUAUCAUUUGCUUUUCUGAACUCAAACUUGGGUUGAUAGCUCAGAGUUGUGUGGUACCAGGUCUGACCACAAUAUUGACCAGCUUGUUUAUUCGAGAGGGCAUUCAGAAAGUGAAAACUUUACAUAAGCACCAAGAAGAAGUAAAAGGCCAGGAAUAUAAAGUGAUGACUCAGCUUCUUUCCAACACUUUUGUUGACAUGUCUUUCAAAGAUGUUUGCUGGUUGUGCUUUGUGAAGCUGAAUCUCAUACUGCUUGCUAUUGAAUUUCGAUCUAGCGUUCAUGGAAAUAGUAUCCUCAUCAACCCAACUUCCAUGAUCCAACUCCAUUCCAACACAAUGGGCUUUUUCAUUGCCAAAUCCACGAAGGAACUCAGAAGGGCUCGUUAUUAUUGUAAGCAGUGCCACAGUGACAUCAAAAAUCCAGACCAAAUUGGGAAGUGCCGUUGCAAAGCGAAUGCGCGAAGAACAUUUUCGGUUUCUGGGAAGUUUAAAGCUUUGCAAGACUUUCUGAGCCUCCCAGAUCAAUAUCCGGCAAGUUCACGAACCCUUGGGAUUCCCCCUCUCUCAAAUCUGUCUGCAGAAAGUGAAAGACUUCCAGAAGUCUUGGAAGAACAGUCCAGUGAAACUCCACUAGACUCUACAGGAAUGUUCCACUGGUGUGAAGCAGUUCCCUUUGAAAAGGCGCUCUUGAGGCACAACAAGAAGCUCCUCAGCAGUCUGCGUGAUCACAUUGUGGUCUGUGUUUUUGGAGAUGCUACCUCGACAUUGAUUGGACUACGCAACUUUGUAAUGCCUCUGAGAGCCAGCAACUUCACAUUCAGUGAACUGAAGUACAUUGUCUUCCUGGGAUCUCUUGAAUAUCUCCAGCGAGAAUGGGAAUUUAUUCAGAAUUUCCCAAAACUAGCCUUACUAAAGGGCAGUGCUCUUUCCUGUGCAGACCUGAAGGCAGCCAACAUCAAAUACUGUGCUAUGUGUGUCAUCAUCUCAGCCCAUGCCCGAGGUACUGGUGAUCAAACCCUGGUAGAUACGAAAUCUAUCCUGGCUACUCUGAACAUCCGUUCCUUGCAGUUUAAACUCAGUCCAUCAUCAGUGUCAUCAAAAGUGUCUACAGAUAAACCCUCUCAAGAUACAAUGGGGAAUCAAUCAAUGCCCAUUUUUUCCAAAAGGAUCCCCAUCAUCACUGAACUGAAGAUAGCUUCAAAUGCCCAGUUCUUUGAACAAAGGAGCGGUGCAGAUGACUGUGAAUAUUUCAACCAAAAUGUCUCACAGAAUUUUUCUAGAGGAACCAUAUUUUCUGACAGUUUCUUGGAUUCUUUGUUGUGCACAACCUAUCAUAAUCACCAUGUGUUGGCUUUACUCCAGACUCUAGUGACUGGUGGGACCAGUCCAGAACUGGAAGAGCUUUUAGCAGAGGAGACUUUAUUGUCUGGAAGUUCUAGCAAUGUGGUGCAUGUUGGGCCCAGGAACAGAUGUAAGCUGGCCCUUUUAGCACUGGCGGACAGUUCAGUUUCAAUAGAAGGACUACUGGUCUCCUUUGGGGAUGUGUACACUACAGCACUGGACAUACUCGGCAUCCUUUGCUUUGGUCUCUAUCGCCUGAAAGAUGAUCCCAACCCUUAUGAAAACAGGUAUGUGAUUGUUCGGCCACCUACCAAUUUUGAGAUCUUCAGUUCUGAUCAUCUCUUUUGCCUUGUUCCAUUCAACAUCUUAUCCAAUGACCUGACAGAGGUUAUCAAGUGCAUUCCACCAAUCAGACAAAAGGGUGCAUUGAAAGCAGAAGAUACAGUGGUUCUACAAUAA